GUGGGGGCCCUGGCAAAGUGGCGAUCUGGAGUCUAGGAAACGGGGCGGACGGGGCGGGAAGGUGGCGGGAGGGGGCCGAGCCGGAGCGGGCGCGAGGGCCAGGCUUGGAGGCCCCCACCCUGGCUUGUCCGCCCCCGCCGCGGCUGAGGAGGAAGAAGAGAAUGACCUCCAGAUACACUAGGAAGGCGGUGCCACAGAACUUGGAGUUGAAAGGAAUAACAAAACAUGCUCUUAAUCAUCAUCCUCUUCCUGAGCAACUGGAUGAAAUUUCCUCUGCCAAUGACAGCCGUGAAAAGGACCUAAGUUCCCAAAGUGAAUCUGACAUCACACAAGAAUCACCUUUUACAUCAGCUGACACUGGAAAUUCAAGGUCUGCUUUUCCAAGUUAUACAAGCACAGGGAUCUCUACUGAAGGCAGCUCGGACUUCUCCUGGGGAUAUGGUGAACUUGAUCAAAAUGCCACUGAAAAAGUCCAGGCAAUGUUCACAGCCAUUGACGACCUCUUGUAUGAGCAAAAGUUGAGUGUACAUACUAAAAGUCUCCAAGAAGAGUGCCAACAGUGGACAUGUAGCUUUCCUCAUCUCAGGAUUCUAGGUCGGCAGAUAAUCACUCCAAGUGAAGGUUAUGGACUGUACCCUAGAUCCCCUUCUGCUGUUUCAGCUUCACGUGAGGCAACACUGUCUCAAGAAAGAGAUUCUACUAUAUUUGGCAUUAGGGGAAAGAAGUUGCAUUUUUCAUCUUCAUAUGGUCCUAAAGCAUCCUCCAUUGCCAAAUCCCCUUGCUUGUGUUCUAUGGACGGAGAAGAAGACUGUAUCAUAUUUUCUGAGGGAAUAAUAGAAGAAUACCUAGCAUUUGACCGCACAGACAUGGAAGAGGAGUUUCAUGGAAAGAAAUCAGAAGCAGCUACAGAGAAACAGAAAUUAGGGUAUCCACCCAUUGCUCCAUUUUACUGCAUGAAAGAGGAUGUCCUUGCUUAUGUGUUUGAUGACGUGUGGAGCAAGGUCCUAAGCUGUAUGGAGCAGCUGACUCGUACUCACUGGGAGGGAUUUGCUUCUGAUGAUGAGAGUAAUGUUGCAAUCACCAGACCAGCUUCACAAAGCCCCUGUGUGCUGAGUGAACUACAACCUUUGGUCUUACCUCGAGUGCCACAGUCUAAGGUGCUGUCUAUCACCUCAAAUCCGAUGAGUCUCUGUCAAGCAGCAAGUGGUCAUCAGCCAAAUGUGAAUGGUCUCUUGAUUCAUGGGAUGCCUCUACAGCCAAGAAAUCUCUCUCUAAUGGACAAGCUCCUAGAUCUUGAUGACAAGCUACUUAUGAGACCUGGGUCCAGUACCAUCUUUUCAACUCGAAAUUGGCCAAAUCAAGCCCUGAAGCUUAGUACAUCAUUUCUGUCAUAUACAGUGCAGUCCGCCAGGAGACGCAACCCCCCACCACGUACCCUUCAUCCCAUCAGCACAAGCCAUUCACGCGCUGGAACACCAAGACUUAUGGAUGAAAUACGCAGAGGAUCCCGAGUCCCUGUGGCGGCUGACUCGCUCUCCUCUCCCUCACCACUGCCGCUGAGUCGAAAUAAUCUGCUGCCACCUAUUGGCACCUCUAAAGCAGAACACUUGAGCAUGGUGGGGCCACAAAGGCAAACGAAAACCCAUAGCGAUUCCAGUCGAGCUCGAAGUGCAGUGGUGGAUGAGCCUAACCAUCAGCAGCCCCAGGAGAGGCUCCUGUUACCUGACUUUUUCUCCAGGCCCAAUACAACUCAGUCAUUUUUGCCAGAUACGCAGUAUCGUCAUGCGUGUGCUGCUGAGUAUCCUCACCAGGCCCGACCUGGUAGGGGAUCUGCAGGGACAGGUGGAGAUAUUACUACAGGUCCUCAGUUACAUGGAUCUACAAAAUCUCAAAACAGAAGUGGACCAAUCUCUAGAACCAGGCAGGGACCAUAGCACGAAUGAGGAGAACUUUCUUCGGGCUGCAGGGAACACAUGGGAAGAUUUCACAAAUCAAUGUUCAGUCAUCUCAUGAUGCAGACCUUGUAUACAAGAGACAACCUGAAACCAUCUUUGUGAAUUAUUUUGGUACAACAGACUGAGAACAGUAUCAGCCAAAGAUUACAUGGGUACUGUUUCUAUCUCCAAUUACUGUCUUCUGUUCAGCAUAAGUUAAUCACUUCACUGGACAGUAGUUUAUAGCCAAAGAUGUAACAAAUGAAUAAUUUCCUCCAAAUCACUGCUUAUGUUGUCUGUUAACAAUGAUCAGUUCAAUUACUACAGCAUGCUAUCAGACUACAUGUACACAAAAUGUAGCAAAUCGUUUGAUAACAUUAUUAUUGGCUUUGGAAUACUUCUGCUUGUGUUAAUUUCUGGAGGGUGUACUCACUUGUCAGUCAUUUUUAGGAGACAGUUCUGUAAAAAAUCACAUCACACAGAUGUGAUACCUAAAGUUUUCUCUUAGAUGUCCAAAUCCAUAGGCAGAUAUAUAUGGCAGGGAUGAAUAACUAAAAACAAAUGUUGAGCAGUGGUAUGAAGUAAUCCAUGUAAUAAAUAAUGAAUUUUUUUUCCCCAGGUAGGACAAUUCAGCCUUACAACAGCUGCCUAACAUCAGGUUAUACUUGUGUUCUUCUCAAAGUACUUUAGUGGUCAUUCCCCAUCCCCAACCCACCCCACCAAAUAUCACACCUGCCUUGCCAGAUUUUCUCCUGCAGGUCUAAGAAAUGCAAUUUAAAAAUUUAUAGAAUCUUUCUGUUAGUGAGCCAGCAAGACACAACUUCUUAAAAUUCCUGAAACCCUGCCAUUCUGUCUAGUAUAAACAUAUGCUAAGAGCAAAGGAAGAGAAUUUUGACCUUCUUCUGAUUUUCACAUGGACCUUUCCCGAGUGCACUCAUGAAUGCAGCAAUGGUUUUAACUUAUUUAAAUUUCGUUGAAUUCUGAUGAUCAUUUUGGUUUUAGAUCUUCUAU